AUGCUUGUAUGUACCUCGCGGCACUAUAGCCCACGACCCACAAUUCCCAUUAGUACUAGCAUUGCACUUGGAAUUGCAUCCCACGACCUGCACGACACGGAACCUACAAACACGGACAAACACAAGCCAGAGAUGGCAGACCCUACCCGCAACGAGGACGACGGCCAGAAAAGCACGCAGCGACCGACUCCGUCGCCCAACAAAAUCGACCACGACGGCGAUCGCUCGACGCCCCCCUUUAAGCGCUCGUCGAUGCGGCCCAUUCCCCAAGGCUCUUACUCCCCUUCGCCUCUCAUACUCGGUGGCCGCAACAUGCUCCCCAACUACGCCAACGACGCCAAAAUAUCCGUACCCAUGUCUGCCAUUGAGGCUGACAAAUCCUCUGGCUUCUCUGACUUCAAUAACGGCCCUGCCUCAGCCGCCCCUGGUCGCGGCGCUAAAUUUGCCGGCCGCCAGGGAUGGAGCUUCAAGGGCUCCCCCUCGGUUGUCGACGACACAAUCGGUUCGGACUGGGAUGUCGCCGACGAGAUGAGCAAGCUCCAUGUGUCGGACUCCAAGGAGAACAACGCGUUGCCCAAUUUACCUCAAGAUCACCACUCGGUCCCCCAUAGCGGCGACUCAGCUUCGUCAAUUUCACCUACUGCUCAGACAAAUGAGCCUGGUGACAGUACUCUGUUCUCCUACGGCCAUUCACGUUCUCCAUCUUCUGCGACAACGUCGUCCGACGAUCCCGCUAGCGUUUUAACACCUUUACACCAAAGCAAAUCCAGCAUGGACCCCAAAGCUACACUCCAAGACGACGCUGCUGAUCGGUCGUAUUCGAUUUCCUCAAUAGAGAAGCCUCCAUUCGGUUCUCACCAAUUUACUAGCCAUCAAGACCGACCCUCGACCCAGCACCCCGUGCCGCAGUACCCGCAAAACGUGCACGCUCAUAUGGCCGUAGGCCCUGCGCCCAGUAUGCCACUCGAAUCGAGUGCCGAGCAUUAUGACUAUCGCAACCAUUCGUUGCCGUCACAUUCGUCGGUCAAUGAGGACCACCCGGUCGAUUACAGAUACCCACCAGAGAUGGGUGUACGUCCCAUGCCUCCCACCAUGGCCAUGCCUGUUACCAUGCCCCAGGCUGUCCCGGCCCCCGCCCAUUAUGCUCCGGGUAUCGACUAUCGUUUUGCUCCACCCCAGGGAACUUAUCCGGCACCGCCGCCCGGCGCUUAUCCGCCACCCAUGCCCCCAGCAGCUCCACAGUCCAUGUAUGGUGCGGAAAUGCAUCAGCAUCACGAACGCGGCACCUAUCCUCAUCUCGGUCACGUCUCUGGGCCCGUAUAUGGCACACCCUAUUCUCCUAGCAACUUUUACACUCAGGCCGAUGCUUAUACGCCGGCGCUGGCCCAGGCUCUUGCUCGUCAGUUGCAGUACGAUGCCCCCGGUUAUCUUCGCGAUGGUCACGGUGGACCAAGCGCCAACAAUCGUAAGCUAGGAUUGUACAAGACCGAACUAUGUAGGAGCUGGGAAGAGAAAGGAAGCUGUCGCUAUGGACCCAAGUGCCAGUUUGCCCAUGGAGAGGACGAGGUUCGCAAGGUAACUCGCCAUCCCAAGUACAAGACCGAGAUCUGUCGCACAUUCUGGGUGUCGGGGUCCUGUCCGUACGGCAAGCGCUGCUGCUUCAUUCACACUGAGUUGCCAAUCUCUGGUCAAGCUCUGCCCGGGGCAACACCAUCCCCGUCGAACGCUGAUGCUUCGAGAUCAACCAACCAACCGGCGCCCGUUGUUCCACCUGAUGGCCGCGCAAGGUCACUCAGCACCAACAGCGAUCCGAAUGACCAGCCUUCUUCCCUUCUGGCUCGAAUUUCGGCCAAGUCGAGGGAGUCCACUGGUGGGAAUAACGCGUCCACGCGCCCGGAGGUAACGUCACCGACAUCGGCUACCACUGUCCAAGCCGAGCAGACCUUUGUGCCCUAUGGGCGCCAUGCAUUGGGAUCGCUACGCGUGGAUACCGCUCUGGAAGGUACACCCGCCCAUGCCGUAUCGGCCUUCCCGUUCUCGGCCAACCCAGCGAUCUCUACGACGCGUCCUUCUCCAGGCCCAGCGACCGCAACUGGGGAUUACGCCAAUCGGCAUUUCGGUGAUAUUUCAUCGGGAUUGAUGUCGCAGCGCCUGGCGCCGAUGUCACCCAUGACUCCCGUUUCGGUGCAGAACACACAUCGUUACUCGCUUUCAGGGGAUGCCAGCAUCCCAUCAUUGGCCAAUCGUUCUCCUGAAGCACGGAUCUCGGGUGGUUCGACCCCGUUCAACGUUAAUGGCACACCUGGGGAUGGACCCCCCGGACGCAUCACACCUUCUGCACAGCCCUUCCAUGCUCGUUCUGGAAGUGGCCAAUGGGUGAACCAAGCCCGACACGCUCCGAGUCCAUCAUUCGGUUCCGUCUCGAACGGCUCUGCUAACCCCAAUGACCUGCACAACUGGUCCGAAGUCGCAGUUGGGCCAAACUCUCGUCAAUGGUCCUAA